UUAACCACGUCACCUCCCUUGAAAUUUUGAAACUUAACCUAGAAAAUGCUUGUAAAUAAAUUAUUGUCAAUUACACCAAAGCACUUUGUAAAAUAUGUUUGUGCAUCGAAAUUCUGCACAGAUCCAAGCCAGGACGUUAUAAAUAUGGCCUUUGCCUCAUACGAGAGCACCUUAACCUAUCCCGUGGAUCCACCGACUCCUCUCGUAGUAAUGCACGGACUACUCGGCUCCAAGGCGAACUGGAACAGCCUCUGCAAAGCUUUCCAUCGACACACCAAUCCCAAGCGGAAAAUAAUAGCGGUGGACGCGAGAAAUCACGGCGACAGUCCGCACUGCAACUCGCACACGUAUCCUCAUUUGGCCGAAGAUAUAAAGCUGUUGUACGCGCAGCAAAAAAUCAAACGCUCGUGUUUGCUCGGACACUCGAUGGGAGGACGCGCGAUGAUGUACUUUGCCUUGAAAUAUCCGAACUUUGUAGAUAAACUAAUAAUCGGCGACGUGUCGCCAAUUACGUCAAGCCCGAAUUUGAGAUCGAUGCCGACACUUUUCAGCGCUAUUCAGAAAGUUCAACUGCCGUCCCAUAUACCGAUGUCCUCGGCUCGUUUAAACGCCGACAUACAGUUAGCGAAAAAUAUCAGCGAUAGGGGCUUGAGAGCGUUCCUCCUCACAAAUCUGAUACAGAAGACCGACGGAAGUUUUAUGUGGAGAGUAAAUAUACCGGCGUUACUCAGUAAUUUCUACGAUCACAUAGCGUCAUUUCCUAUACCUGCCGAGUGCAAAUUUACUGGUCCGGUCUUGUUUGUCGCGGGAGGAGUAUCCGAUUUCAUACAGAAAACGGAUCAUUCCCAAAUUUUAAAUCUAUUUCCGAAUGCGGAGUUUCAAGUGAUUGAAGGUGCCGGACACUGGCUCCAUAGUGAAAAACCAAACGAAUUUUUACAGAUUUGUAUAGAGUUCCUGAAUAGGAACACGGUAGCGAAUGAGAAGAAGUAGGAAAAUUGAAAUGUACAUAAUUUAUUAGCCAAAUAUGUUUAAUAAAUUAGUUUGGAAAUUGG